UUGUUCUUUUGCUUACUAUGAACCUGACCUCCAGCUCUGGUCUUGUGGACUUCCUCACCAACAGCUCUUCUGGAGAUGGAGGAAAGCUUUCUGAGUCCAGUCUGAACGGGACAUUAAUGCUGACCACAGAGGAUUUCGAUCCUUUGGGAGGACAUACAGUCUGGCAGGUUGUGAUAAUUGUCCUCCUGGCUGGAACGCUUUCUCUCAUCACGGUUGUGGGGAACAUCCUGGUUUUAGUUUCAUUCAAGGUGAACAAGGCCCUGAAGACGGUCAACAACUACUACCUGCUCAGCCUGGCCUUUGCUGACCUCACCAUCGGCACCCUGUCCAUGAACCUGUACACCACCUACAUCAUCAUGAACCAGUGGACGCUGGGCCCGCUGGUGUGUGACCUGUGGCUGGCCAUAGACUACGUGGCCAGCAAUGCCUCGGUCAUGAACCUGCUGGUCAUCAGCUUCGACAGAUAUUUCUCUGUGACCAGACCGCUGACGUACCGGGCUAAACGGACCACUAAGCGGGCCAUGGUUAUGAUUGGACUGGCCUGGUCCGUCUCUUUUAUUCUGUGGGCUCCGGCCAUAUUGUUCUGGCAGUAUGUCGUGGGGGAGAGGACCGUUCAGCCGAACGAGUGCUACAUCCAGUUCCUGUCCGAGCCCAUCAUCACGUUCUGCACAGCCAUCGCUGCUUUCUACCUGCCAGUGACCAUCAUGGCAGUUCUGUUCUGGAAGAUCUACCAGGAGACCGAGAAGCGAGCUAAAGAGUUCCAGGGCCUCAAAGCGUCUGGCUCAGGCCCCAACCAGAAGCAGAGGCAGGAUCAGGAGGGGGCUGGAGUGAAAGCCCGGGGAGGAAGCAGCAGCAGUCAGAGGAGUCCAGCAGCCAUCCUCCAGCAGACAAACUCCCAAAGCGCCAGCAGCCGCCAGCUGUGUUCAGAGCCCAACGGAGAGGAAGACAUCCUCCAAACAGGAGCAGAGAGAAGAAGAAGAUGCUCAAAACUCUGCUCCCAGUUUCCAUUUCCAACUGCAAACUGUUAUGCAGCCAAGAGGUCCUCCAACAAGAAGAGCGCGGCGGAGGAGGAAGAGGCAGAGCGGAAAGGCGGUGACUGCACGGAUAGAGACGAGGGUGGAGCCUCCAGAGAGGAGGAGGCUGGUGGAGCAGAGCCGGGAACAGAUGAUAAAACACCAGGACAGAUCAAGGAAGCCAAGAAUGAAGAACAACAGUCACCCGUGAAAAGUGGAGCUGGGACUAUUUCUGUUAGCUCAUCUCCUCCUGACCAGCAGGACGCAGCUCUGGCCAAACGCUUGGCCUCCAAGGCCAAACUCGAGAUGACCAAGCGCAAGAACGAGAAGAAGGCCAAUGAGAAGAAGGCCAAUGAGAAGAAGGCCAAUGAGAAGAAGGCCAAUGAGAAGAAGGCCAACGAGAAGAAGGCGGCCCAGACGCUGAGCGCCAUCCUGCUGGCGUUCAUCACCACCUGGCUGCCCUACAACAUCAUGGUGCUGGUCAACACCUUCUGCCAGGGCUGCAUCCCCGAGAGCCUGUGGGCUCUGGGCUACUGGCUGUGCUACGUCAACAGCACCGUCAACCCCAUGUGCUACGCCCUGUGCAACAAGACCUUCCAGACCACGUUCAGGGACAUUCUGACGUGCCAGUGGAAUGACAGACAGAGGAAGGUCCUCCUCCACCAGCGGCAGGCCGUGGCGUUCAGGAAGAAAGAGGUGGCG